UCCAGGCACUGAGGCAAAUUGAGACCAGUACAACCAGUUGUAUACUUGUAUUAGUGUUUUCCCAUCAGUCCUCACCAAAAAUUCCAAGGCCUCUCAUGCUUGUGUUAGAAGGUCAUCGAGCUGGAAAUGCAUCAUCUUAUGUCAUAAAUUCUGAAAAUCCCACAAGUUCUCUAUUACUUGUUCAUACAAUUGCUCUUUUAUCGUACAAUUCUUUUUCCCAAGUGUAAAUAUUGAAGAUAAAAAUUCUUAUAUACCUUUUGUUGGUACAGGCCAAAGAUCUUUUCAAGCCUACAAAAAAAGACCCAUUUCCCACACUGGUUUUUGCUUCUUAUCUUUCACAACCCUUUAUUCCAACCUUUCCUUUUUGGCAAGCUCUCUCGCUCUGCCUUCCUUCCUCUCUCUUUUUCUUUGUGCUUUUUGUGUAUACAAAGAGAAAUUGUAAGCCAAUUUUCUACACAGUUCGCCGCGUUUUGAUAUAUCAAAGGUAUGAAUAUGAUUAAUAUGAGAAUCUAUAUGUCUGCCUGUAAACAAGUACAGCCCCUAGUGAAUUUCCCUGGUGGUCUACCUGGGGGUCUCAACAUGGCACCUCUGUUUCGUCGAGAUAAGGUUGUGAUUGUAGUAGGAGCAACUGGUACCGGCAAGUCAAGGCUUGCCAUUGACUUGGCAACUCGUUUCCAUGCCGAGAUUGUAAAUUCUGACAAAAUGCAAGUUUACAAAGGCCUUGACAUAGUCACAAACAAAGUUACUGAGGAAGAGUGUCGUGGUGUACCCCACCAUUUACUAGGCACAAUUGACCCCAACUCCAAUUUCAGCGCUGAAGAUUUCUGCCACCAAGCUUUGUCAGUUAUGGAAUCAAUUACAUCUCGUGAUCGGCUUCCUAUAAUUGCUGGUGGAUCCAAUUCUUAUAUUUCUGCAUUAGUGAAUCAUCAUGCUGAAUUUCGAAUGAAAUACGAGUGUUGCUUUUUAUGGGUAGAUGUGUCGUUGCCUGUUCUUCAUUCAUUUGUGUCUGAACGAGUAGACAAGAUGGUUGAAGCUGGAUUGGUGGAGGAGGUGAGGAGAUUGUUUGAUCCAGAAGCUGAUUACUCGCGUGGAAUACGACGUGCAAUUGGGGUACCUGAAUUGGACCAAUAUCUACGCUUUGGAGUUAGAGCUGAUGAAAGAACCCGAGAUCGGCUUCUUAAGGUAGCCAUUUCAAAAAUCAAGGAGAACACAUGUAUGUUAGCUUGGCGUCAAUUGCAAAAGAUUCAACAACUUCAUGACCAAUGGGAAUGGGAUAUGCAUCGGCUCGACGCUACUGGGGUAUUCCUAAAUCGUAGCAAGGAGGCCGAUGAGGCAUGGAAUAGACACGUGGCAGAACCUAGCUUAAAUAUAGUACGGAAAUUCCUAUACGAAGAUUGUGUGCCUAACAUUGUUUCCCACGAAGUCGCAGUUGCUACCGCUACUAUGAUUGGUGUGCCUAUCCCUAUGGCAACUGUGGCUACAGCAUGUCGCUAGUAAGGAAUGUUGUGUGGGACCCACGAAAUCCGCCCAUCUCUGCUCUGAUGAUGCCACGUGGCAAGCUGGUAACACACCCUCUUUCUAAUUUUUAUUUUUAAUUUUUUGGUUUAUGGUAAGAAUUAAAAGUGGAUAAGAAACAAAAGAAGAAAAAUUACGGCUUGGUGCUUAGAGGGUAGUUGCUGUCAGGUCGUUUCUAAGUACUUAACAUUUGGGAAUUGGCGGCCGUACAGUUGGAGCAUUUUAGGGAUCCGUGCGGACAAGCUAUACUUUAUAAAAAAAAUUAAAAAAAAAAAAAAAAGGCUCCUUUUAGGGGUUCCGUACUAUAUUGUGCGCCUGCAUCAAUCAUGAUACAAAGUAGGCUUUGGUUGAUUCUCAAAAAAAAAAAAAAA